GCUGACAGGAGCAGCAGAGCCCUCACACACACACAGAGUGGUCUUUUGAUGCAGCCAUAUGAAGGACCCCAUUAGUAUUUCUUGAGUAAACGCAUUUUCGUCAUCAGGAGUUGUUUAUUUUAAUCAAAGGAUUCGCGUCAUUACGAGCCGCGCGCGCAUUCCUUGACAGGAUUUGCGCAUCUCCAGACGCAAACAGUUGUUUUUUUUUUUUUUGCUCGCCACGAGAGCGAUGUUUUAAUUUUCCUGCCCGCGAGACGAGCUUUCAGAGUCAUGCACGAGCGGCUGCUGGCGGAGCGUUUCAUCUGAGAUUCAAAAGAAAUGGAACAACAGCUCUCCAAACCGGAAUGCAAAAACAUGGAUGCGUGUCUGAGGCGGCUGAAGCAAGAGCUGGUGUCUAUGAAAGAAGCCGGAGAUGGCCUUCAUGCUCAGAUGAAUUCAAUGAUGGGAGCCCUUCAGGAACUCAAGCUCCUUCAAGUUCAGACAGCGCUAGAAAGCCUUGACAUUUCCGGCCGGCCCAUUAACCGUGGAAUCCCACAUUCUGCUCCACCAGCUCAAGCAUCAGCUACAGCAGUUUUAACCUCAGAAAAGGAUCACAGCCAAUCCAUGCCCGAGGUACCCAGUCCGAGUCCAAUGCAAAGUCCAAGGCCAUCUUUGGAGAGCAGAAACACAUUUAGCAGAGAUGAAAGGAAUUUGUCACGAAACAGAAGCAGCAUGGGUACCUCAUCUUCCUCAGUAUCCAGCCUUGAGAGUGAGAGCGAGACAAGUGAAAGAAGUGCAAGAAGCAGAAAUGACCUUGACUCUAUUCCCAAAAGAUGGUCAGGUUACACUGCCCCGCAGGUGGAUUUUUAUGGACCAAUGGUGGGGAACCCUCCACCAGAACUGUACCCUCAACCACAGGCUCCCCGGCGUGCUCAGGCGGUGGACCUGCCUGGAAUACUGUACAGCCUCUCCAGAGAGGGCCCUUCAUUAGACAGUGACUACUCCCAAGAUAGCACAGAUGACGGGAGUGACUGGACGUCUUCGCUCAUGAGCCGCAGCCGCAACCGUCAGCCCUUAGUACUGGGGGACAAUGUCUUUGCCGACCUUGUGGGCAACUGGCUCGACUUGCCUGAGGUGGAGAGGGAAGACAUCAAGGAGGAGGAGAGGAGGAAGACGAGAGAGGAGAGGACAAUGGAUGGAGGGGCAGACAGACCAGACACCCCAGCUCACCCUCUUCGCAACAGUCGCUCACAGGAGAUCUGCAAGAAGUUCUCGUUAACCACAAAUAUCUUCAAGAAGUUCUUGCGCAGCGUCCGGCCUGACAGGGACAAGCUGCUAAAGGAAAGGCCUGGCUGGAUGGCUCCUGAGUUGUCUGAGGGUGACAUUGUCAAGAGGCCAAAGAAACUGGUUCCAAAGAGUUCCAAAGGCAGUUUUUACCUGCCAUUCUGGGCAAACGGACAGCAGGGAAAAGGCAAGAUGUGUCCGCAUCUGACUGAAACAGAGAGGAACCACCACCAACACCACUUCCCCCAGGUCCACCAACAGCCAUUUGGUGGGAUUUAUUUAGACCGGAGACAGCCAGAGGCUGGUCUGGAGAAAAUGCAGCCAUUGUUUGACUACAACACAGCUGUGUGGGUCUGACAGUGGGUCCAACAGACUGCCAGUGAUGCCAGGCUGACUGAGUGACAGGUGCAAGGGGAUUUUGGCUGUGCUGGAGUGGGGGAUGAAUGAAAUGAACGAGAGGCUUUGACACAGUUAUCUUCCAAAAAUGAACCAAUGAACUUCGCACCCCCAGCAAAAUUAUCAGGUUCAUCAUUUUGUCAGACAAUCCAAAAAACCUAAAUCUCGUUUGCUGUGCAUGUAUGUGAGUGAGUGCUGGAGAGUGUCUGAGACGGAGUUGGGUGGAAGCAUUUUUGAGGACCUAUACUACAAGUUUUGUAUUAUUCAAAUUCCAUCUUAUGUGUGCAUGUAUGGCUGCUUCUCUGGAUGUCUUUAAGACGGUACUUUGAAAUGAAUCUCAGAAUGUCACCAUCACCAUCAGAUCUUUAAAAAACAACCACAGACUUUUUCACUUCAAAACUACCAGACAUACUUUUGUGUAUCUCACUUCUUUGCAUCUAUGAAUGAAAACACCAACAUUUUGGAUUGCAUGGUUACUGUUUUUAUAAGUGAUUCUACAAGCAGCUGUUACUGAACGCACUGCCACUAAACACAGCUAUAAGCUUCCUUUUGUUUCAAACAGGCCUUGGCGCCUUAGAAAAUCAGGUUUAACUAAAUCUGUCGGUUUCAUUCACCUUUCUCAGGGAAUGAAUGUAUCACAGGAGUAAACUAUGAGACACUUCCUCAAUUAUAUGGGUUUCAAUACAUUUCAAAUAAGUCUUGCCUCAUCUCAUCUUAACAGCAAUACAGUGCAUGACCAGUUCAAAGGUUGCACAUCAAACGUAGAGAUUUAUCAGUCUAAAUCAGCAAUUUUUUUGCAAGUUGUUCUGUUGGAAAUACUAGUUUUUCUUCCCUGCCAUGCAGAUAGGGCACAUGUUGAGUAAACGGCCCGUCCUCCUGGCUUGUUACGCAGAUUGGGGAGGAGGUAAAGAUGACACAGCCAAUGCUGACUGACUGACUGCCAUCUGGUAACCAGUCGUUAUGUAAAGCUUGGUUUUCAGACUCAAAAAAUAUUCAAAAAACUGGCUUGUUUAAUCCCAAAGCUGCAAGGAUUAUGAUGAUGGUGUUACAUACUGUAUAUAGACACACAGGUGAAUACAUAACAAGGCUGUGACAGUGAUGAAACAGAUGAGGUAAAGACCUGUAGUCUCUAUCAGACAGGAUCAAGAUUGAUUGAUGUACAGAACAUUGUACAUAUCUGUCAUUGACGUCACAGCAGCAAUAACACACAUUUACUGUAAUAUCUCAUUGCAUGGUUUUCAUUAUUCCGCCCAGAUAAAUAUGUCACAGUAAUAUUGCAGUUCUUACCAUGACAUAAUGACAAUGCUAUGCUUGUAUUAAAACCCCAAACUGAUGAGUUUAUCUCAGACUUACGGUAUCUUUUCUCUUGUUUCAUAAUGUAUAAUGUCAGUAUUAUUCAUUUCAAGCAGCAUUAAGAUAGUUUAAAACUAAACUUAAGCUUCCUUCAGAAAUGUAUAUAAUAAUUCCCUCAGGAUUACAAACAAUACUGCCGGCAACAACUCAAUAGAGUUUGAUCUCAUAGAGGACCACUGAUACGCAGAGACAAUCUAAUACAACAACUUCUUAUAAUUAAAAAACUGUUAAUUUCACUCACUUUUAAAAGAGAUCCCAGACCAAUCAAUUCAGCCAGCAGGGAUUAGGCCUUAGGUCUUUUGAGUGUCUUGGCCAUUUGAUCCAUAUGGUGUUGUCUCAGUAUUCAGGUCAAUACAUACUACAUAUUCAGAGGGUCCAACACACACACACACACACACACACACACAGUGUCCACUGAGGUGGCCGUGCCAUGAUGCACAGUAUGAGAUGUCAUAUCACACAAUAUGUGUAUGUAGAUGUAACAAUUAUUUCCUCCUAUUUACAGUUGUCCAAGUGUUAUUUUCAGCACUGUUGUUGAUAUUUUUCAUCAGGGUUCUGCGAACCUUCAGUAGUGACUCUGUGUCAUGUGAACUGUAACACUGUCACUGACUCUUUGUAAAUUAAAGAUGUUUUCAGAAUGAAA